GAGACUCUGGUCGGCCGCUAUGGUUUCCAUCCUAGUCCUCAGUGCCUGUUUCGUCCUGAGCUGUGUGGUGACUCACCAUUUUGCCAUGGACAAACGCAGUACAAGACUGUCUGAACUUCACACAUACCAUUCCAGUCUCAGCUGCUUCAGUGAAGGGACGUGGGUGUCAGAAAAAGUUUGGGGUUGUUGCCCAAGUCACUGGAAGUCAUUUGGCUCCAGCUGUUACCACAUUUCUACCGAUAAGAACAUCUGGAACAUCAGCGAGCAGAAAUGCACUAAGAUGGGGGCUCAUUUGGUGGUGAUCAACACUGAAGCUGAGCAGAAUUUCAUCAUCCAACAACUGGAUAAGUCGAUUACUUACUUCCUGGGGCUUUCUGAUCCACAAGGUAACAACAAAUGGCAAUGGAUCGAUAAUACUCCUUGCAGUCAAAACAUCAGGUUCUGGCACCUACAUGAGCCCAACCUCCCCGAAGAGAGAUGUGCUUCCGUAGUUCACUGGGAUCCUAUGGGAUGGGGCUGGAAUGACGUUGUCUGUGAGAGUAAAUAUAACUCAAUAUGUGAAAUGAAGAAGACUUACCUCUGAGCGGCAUUUUAUUCAUUUAUGACUUUAGAGUCUCUUGGCAUAAACAUGUUACUGUAGUCAUUCUUUUUCUAGAUGUUUCUUUUCACUGAUGACAGAUGGGUCCUUCCUCUCUGUGAUGGUUAGGGUUUUGCCAACUGGACACAAACUAGAAUCACCAAGGAAGAGGGACCCCCCAGCUGAGGAAUUGCCCCAUCAGGCUGACUUGUCAGCAUGUCUGUGAGGCAUUUUCUUGAUUGAUGAUUAUUGUAA